GCCACCAGCCCCGAAACAACGAAACAAAUGCGAAUUUAGCUUGCAAACGAAAGAAUAAUGUACUUUUACGACAUGGGGGUUCGCACAGACCAACCGGGAUUUCGGAGAUAAGGCUGGGUCGCGCGUGGACUCUCUACGAGGCGGCUGGAAACUCGAGAGGAAAGAAAACAACAACACUGGAAAAAGACGACAAUAAAACAACACUCCCCGACAAGUGGUCUGCUUUGAGUCGAGUGUGAAGUCCGGACUAAACAACGAGAAACAUUGGCGAAGCGAUAUUCUGUUUGACAUUGCGCGUGCUUAUUUGCAGAUGGUGUUUCUGAGUGAACUUUAAAGUCAGGAAACAAUGAAGACAUAGCGAGCAAAACUCAUCAAGUGUCUCGAGGCUGCUAGCCGUCCCGCUAGCCUUAGCUUAGCUCUCUCGUAGAGAGCGAAUGCGAUCUGAAGCUAACGCCCGCUAGUGCUAAGCUAAGUUAGCUCGUCGGCUGACGACAGCGGGCUAGAUUAACGUGUUGAGAGAAACUUUUGGUGUUGUUUCCCCAGAGCCCAAACGCUGAAGGAGGCUAGGAAGAACAGAGGGGAAGGGCAGGUUCCCUUCUGGACUUUCCCUCUCGACGCAUUGUCCUAAUAUGAUGGCGACGGAGGUCAGCAGUGAGGAUACGGGCUUGGUCACGACAGGGACGGGGGUGGCGGACGGAGGAGGCCCGGAGACGGCCCCUUUCCCCUACUACCCCAAGCCGAGCAGAGUGCGAGUCACCGAUUUGGGACAAGGACCAGCACCGACCCUACGGCAAAACUCAAACCCCUCGCCGGACUCUCCUCCCGACACCAGUGUGACCUCCCCCGUGUCUGCUGGGGAUGUGACCGGACCAGCGCUUUCCGCAACAGGGAGUGGCGGAGCAGGAGGUGGACAUUCAGUUUUACAAGGAACAAGUUCAGGGACCGUGGGCGGCAUGAGCUUCUCUCCCCCUUCGGAGGGUCCAGCCAGUCUGAAUUCACCCACGUCGACAGCCCCGGAUGGACCCGCUGACUUCCCCCCGCUGCCGCCACCUCCUCCCCCCCCUCCAGGCGGCGGGGUGCCCGGUGUCACUUUGGAUGAAAGCGACAUGCAGGAUGGACCGGAAUACGAGGAAGAAGAGGUGGUGUUCCCCCUUUCGGCACCUCCUACGAACCAGUGGUACCACGGCAAGCUGGACCGAAACAUUGCCGAGGAGCGGCUGCGCCAGGCCCGGAACCCUGGCAGCUACCUCAUCCGGGAGAGUGACCGCCGGCCCGGUUCCUUCGUCCUGUCGUUCCUCAGUGUGACCAACGUGGUCAACCAUUUCAGGAUAAUCGCCAUGUGUGGGGACUAUUACAUUGGUGGGCGGCGGUUCUCUUCUCUCUCAGACCUGAUUGGUUACUACAGCUAUGUGUCUUGCUUGCUAAAAGGAGAGAAACUGCUAUCGCCAGUGGCGCCCCCUGAGCCUGUAGAAGACCGGAGGAGAGUCAGGGCCAUACUUCCAUACACCAAAGUGCCAGAUACCGAUGAGAUCAGCUUCCUGAAAGGAGACAUGUUUAUUGUUCACAAUGAACUGGAUGAUGGCUGGAUGUGGGUGACCAAUGUUCGCACAGAGGAGCAGGGCCUUAUUGUGGAGGAUCUGGUGGAGGAGGUGGGACGGGAGGAGGAUCCACAUGAGGGCAAAGCCUGGUAUCAUGGAAAGAUCACCAAGCAGGAGGCCUACAACCUGCUGAUGACGGUUGGCCAGGUCUGCAGUUUUCUAGUCCGACCGUCAGACAACACACCUGGGGACUACUCGCUCUUUUUUCGCACAAAUGAAAACAUCCAACGGUUUAAGAUCUCCCCCACUCCCAACAAUCAGUUCAUGAUGGGGGGGAGGUACUACAACAGUGUCCAUGACAUCAUCGACCAUUACAAGAAGGAGCAGAUUGUCGAGAGCUACAACCUGAAAGAGCCGGUUUCAGUGCAGCACCAGGAACAAGUUCUUUCUGACACGGUGGAUGGGAGAGAAAUUUAUAACACUAUCAGACGAAAAACAAAAGACGCUUUCUACAAAAACAUCGUCAAGAAAGGCUACAUCCAGUUCAACAAAGGAAAAGGCAAAAGAUGGAAGAACCUUUACUUUAUCCUGGAGGGUAACGACGCCCAGCUCAUCUACUUUGAGAGCGAGAAGAGAGCCACCAAACCUAAAGGGCUGAUUGACCUCAGCGUGUGCUCCGUGUACGGUGUGCAUGACAGUCUAUUUGGCAGGCCGUACUGUUUCCAGAUUGUUGUACAGCACUUUAGUGAGGAACAGUACAUAUUCUACUUUGCAGGGGAGUCUUCAGAGCAUGCUCAGGAUUGGAUGAAAUGCCUUCACACUUUUUGCAGUAACUUAAGAAAAACCACUCAGCCGACUUCCAACAAAAGGCUUCGACAGGUGAGCAGCCUGGUGCUGUAUGUGGAGGAGGCCCACAAGCUGCCCGUGAAAUAUUUUAACAGCCCGUACUGUAACAUCUACCUGAACAGCGUCCAGGUGGCUAAAACCCACCCGCGGGAGGGGCAGAACCCCGUCUUCACAGAGGAGUUCAUCUUUGAUGAUCUUUCGAGUGAAAUCAACAGAUUUGAAAUCAGCCUGAGCAACAAAACAAAAAAGAGCAAAGAAAGUGACAUCUUGUUCAUGCGGUGCCAGCUGAACCGUCUGCAGAAGGGCCAGAUGAUUGACGAGUGGUUCCCCCUCAGCUCCCACGUGCCUCUGAAGGGCAUCGAGCCCGGCUCUUUACGCGUGCGUGCCCGCUACUCCAUGGAGAAGAUCAUGCCCGAAGAGGAGUACAGCGAGUUCAAAGAGAUGAUCUUGCAGAAAGAGUUCCACGUUAUCUACGCUCUGGCGCACGUGUGUGGUCAGGACCGCACCUUAUUGGCUAGCCUCCUCCUGCGCAUCUUCAGACACGAGAAGGCCGAAGCCCCUCUACUCAGGACGCUCAACGACCGAGAGAUUAACGUGGAAGAUGAAGCCACGACAUUAUUCCGAGCGACCACGCUGGCCAGCACUCUGAUGGAGCAGUACAUGAAGGCCACGGCCACGCCAUUUGUCCACCACGCUCUCAAAGACACCAUCCUCAAGAUCAUGGAGAGCAAACAGUCCUGCGAGCUGAACCCUUCCAAACUGGAUAAGAAUGAGGAUGUGACCCUGAACCUGGCUCAUCUCCUCAACAUCCUGUCCGAACUGGUGGAGAAGAUCUUCAUGGCUGCAGAGAUUCUGCCACCGACUUUGAGGUUCAUCUAUGGCUGUCUGCAGAAGUCUGUGCAGCAGAAAUGGACCACUAACAACACAAUGAGGACGCGGGUCGUAAGCGGCUUUGUCUUUCUGAGACUGAUCUGUCCUGCCAUCCUCAACCCCCGACUGUUCAACAUCAUUGCUGACCCUCCGUCUUCCGCAGCAGGCAGGACCCUCACACUGGUGGCCAAGUCGGUCCAAAACCUCGCAAACCUGGUUGAGUUCGGUGCUAAGGAACCCUACAUGGAGGGUGUGAACCCUUUCAUCAAAAACAACAAACACAGGAUGAUCAUGUUUCUGGAUGAGUUGGGGAACGUCCCUGACCUCCCCGAAGCCACAGAGCACUUUAGGACGGAUCUGUCCCGGGACCUGGCGGCGCUGCACGAGGUCUGCGCCUCGCACUCGGACGAGCUCCGGACGCUGAGCAACGAGAGGGGAGCGCAGCAGCACGUGCUGAAAAAGCUGCUGGCCAUCACGGAGCUGCUCCAGCAGAAGCAGGCUCAGUACGCCAUGUCCAACAGCAGCAGGUAGUACCGCACCCCCUCGCCUCCUCAUCGCCUCAUCCCCACGUCGAGUCUCCGCCACCGGAGGGCAGCGCAGAGGAGACCUAGCAUGCUCGACCCUCAUCACCAUGGCAACCCCUCCAUCAUGUCCUCCUCCUCCUCCGAUCGUCCCACCCACAUGCCAUUCUGUCCCGUUCACCCGCGAGAGCGAUGCAACAAUCAACGCCGUACCGAAAAACAUAUUAAAAACAAAGAAGCCGCACCUGUGACUGACGGCUGAAUCCACAGGGACCGUAUUUUACCCUCAAACUGUGUUCAGAAUACCGACUCGGGAUUCAUUCCCUUCAUCGCGAGGGCCAAAUAUUAAGAUUUUAAGAGUUUCUUUGUACCCACUGUGUGUUCUGAUAGCACAGGUUGCCAAAGUGUACACCCCCCCCCUCCCUGCUCAAUAUGAGGAAACUGACAUGAAGAAGCUAGUUCUCUGUCCCCUUUUCUUGUAACUGGAUUAUGAGCGAUAAAGCUUUUUAUACUGUAAUUGACUGAUUUAUUUUAAGGUUGUGACGGUAUCCGCAAAGUGCUGAAACUAGCAUGUAUGUCUUUGUUUUCUAGAUUGAAACAAAGUUUUUCAUAAAAGUAUGGUUAUUUUAUAUUAAGAAUAAAUUCUCUUGCUGGAAUCAUGAGUAUAUAAGUGAGAUGAGCUGAGUUCUUUCCCUCCGAUUGUAUCUGCUAUUGAUUAUUUGGUCUUUUAUGAAACUUCUCAAUGCCAGAUAAGACGCAUAAUCAGAGAAACCAAGUAAAAUGAAAGUGUUUACAGCAGCAACUUUUUUGAAUAGUACAGAUUGUAUCAGACUUGCAUGCACUUAUUAAACAGUUUUUGUAAAAUAGA